AUGUCUCGCUACGCUACAGCGCACGCAUGGGCAAACCUUGCCGGCGUGGGGGAUGCCCGCCCGACCGCCCAACAAAUCAUCCGCGACUGCAAUAAAGAAGACGGUCUCGCAGGCAAAGUCAUUCUCGUCACCGGCGUCUCCUCCGGCAUAGGCGCGGCCUCUGCUAUCGCCCUGGCCUCUACCGGCGCAACUGUCUUCGCCGCCGGGCGGAGCAUCCCCAGAGCCAAAGCCGCCCUGGCUGCUGUCGCAGACUCUCCUCGCGUGCACUUCCUGGAGCUGGACCUGUCUUCGCAGGCCAGCGUCAAGGCUUUCGCCGCAGAGUUCUUGAAGCAGUCGGGAGGCAGAAUCAAUAUCCUGCUGAACAAUGCGGGCGGCAUCAUGGCAGACUACAAGAAGACGGUAGAUGGCGUGGAGAGUCAGUUUGCCAUCAACUAUCUAAGCCCAUUCCUGCUCUUUGCGCUCCUAAAAGACGCUCUCCUUUCCAGCGCCACGGACGAGUUCCCCAGCAGAGUCAUCAACGUUACAAGCAGCGGCCACCGCAACAGUGGCAUCCACUUCGACAACCUCACCCUCGAAGGCGAAUACAGCUCAGCCGCCGCGUACGGCCAAGCCAAGACUGGAGGGAUAUACAUGGCAAGCGAAAUCGAGCGCCGAUACGGCUCGCAGGGCCUCCACGCGUGGAGCGUGCACCCCGGCGCCAUCCUUGAAUCCGCUUUCCUGACCAACAGCGGGUGGAAUCAGGCAUCCAUUGAGCAGAUGACCGGGGGCUGGCCAACUAAAGUCUUCAAGUCCAUCGAGCAGGGAGCCGCGACGCAGGUUUGGGCGGCUAUAAGUGAUGAUGUUUUGGCGGACGGGGUGACGGGCAGGUACUUGGAGGACGUCUCGGUUUCAAAGCCAAAGGAUGAGACGGACUGUCCAGGUCUAAAGGGCUACGUUGAGCACACGUAUGAUCAGGGCAACGCCACACGCCUGUGGGAGGUCAGUGAGGGACUGGUUGGACUUAAGGCCUAG